AUGGGUGACCUUCAGAGACUUCUUCGCCAAGGAGAAUAUCCUCCUUUUACUUCUGCUCACAUCUUCGAGAGCAAGUUUGUCCAGGUUAAUCAAAGAGGAGAACCAAUUUCUGUCCAUAACCGACCCAUCUGUGUGACCAUCGGUAUCUGUGCUGCCAGUCCUAGUUCAUCAGUGCCCAAUGUGAUGCUGGUAGCAUGCAAGGUGCCUGUGUCCACACAGGAAAGUAGGAAAAACUGGAAACUCUCAAAGCAGCCAUCCCGCAUGGAAGAGCUAGCACUUACCAGACUCUUCCCCUUGAAGUUUGUGGAACUCUCUGUCCACAGCACAGAUAAUCACCAGAUCAUGUUAAAAUUAGUAAAUGGCCGUUCCUAUUACCUGGAGCUCUGUGCCCCGCCAGACGGGCAACAACACCUCUUCCUCCUCUGGCUGCAGCUCAUCUCUCUCCUGAAAACCUCAGAAAAUACCAGCAAUAUCAAAGUCAGUGUGAAAUGCAAGGAUUUUGGCAAGUGUCACAAGCAAGCUCCCAGCCCAAACAACUCACCAGAAAAAAGGGAUGACCCACAAGAUGUGUCAAACCCCAAAAUGGAGGAAGAAGUUGUUAUUAAAGAAACCUCUUUCAACCAAGUUCCCCUCUCAGAUAAA